AUGACACUCGUCCUGUUUCUCUGCGUCUCCUCUCUGGCCGCACUGUCUCCGUCCAUCGACUGGUGCCUCUACUUUCGGAUCCGCAACGUCUACCGGCCAGAAUGCAAGUUCUACGACACUCCGCCCAGUUGGAAGAGAAGCCGUGAGAUAUUUUCCAGCUGGAAAUUUUUAUCGAUAGGAGAAAAUAUUCGUGAAGACUUUGUAAUGUACAAGAUCAGGCGAAAUUUAUCAAGUAGCAACGUUUUCCUUACCAUUAAGCAUUAGUAAAAAACGAACAAAGACCUUAAUCAUUAAGGUCUUCGCCCAUUUUUCACUUUAAAAGGUGCAGUUUCUAGCGAUGAUCUUCCCUGAAAACAUUUUGGAAAACAUCAGCUUUUGUGAUCACAGAAGCAAGCUGGCAUCUACUAUUCAAGAUCGAUUUCACCAAAUUGAACGGUCGUAACUUUUGACUGAUCGUUUUUUUUUAACGUUAAAAAUGCAAAUUCGGAUUCUGCUUGGACCUGGUGCACGUGGAAAUAAGUUGUUGCUUAAAAGAAAGAUUUUUUUCAAAACUUUUCUCGUAAAAAAAUAGCUCGGACUUUUUCACUUACUAAUUUCUAACUUUCCUUCAAAUUCAUUUAGCUACGAAGAUGUAACUUCAGGAGAGGGAGCCACAAAACUGACGAACAUGAAGCUUCCAACCUGCUCGCCUCUUUAUAAACAUUGCACUUUGAACGAGAAAUGUAGGGAUGGAGAAAAGGUUCAAUAUUUUGAAUAUGUUUUUGUGGUCUUUUUUGGUAUGUAAUGUUUGAAAGCGCAUUGAGUUGUUCAGAGAUGCCUCGACAUGACGAUGUUCCGCGAAUGUUGCGCUCCAUGGAAAAGAGAAUGUCCGCCGCCCAAAUGGUUGAAUUUUGAGUGAGUUUGAAAGCGUUGAAAAAUUUUGUUAGUCCUUCCUUAUCACACAAAUUUUGAGCACUGAACUUGAUAAAAGCCCAAAAGGCAUGAGUUUGCCGAAGUUACUAAUGAAUAAACUAUAAGUUAUUUUUCGAACUGGAGUCUUUUUUCGUCUUGUCUCAACUUGGACAAAAUUCUAUUCAUUUCUGCCUUUCUCAAAACCUUCCGUCCCCAUACUUUUAAAUUCGUAUCAAACUAAUCAAAAGCUAAAAAAGUAAAAAAGAUAUCAUUAAAGAACCAUUAAUAUAUCGAGUAUGAGUUUUUCCUUUUUUUUGGCUUAAUUUAGAGAAAAUUAUGUUUUUUUUUGCCUCUCAGAAAACCUUUCCGUAUCCAACCUUUUGACCUCGCACUGAACUUAUAAAAAGCUCUAAAAGUUUGUUGAUGAGAGCUGGGAAAACAGUGCGGCAGGAUGAUUUACGAGUUGCAGAUGUGUGGUGGAGAAGGCGGCAGACUGGUGCACAAAGGACGGCGACUGCGCGGCGACGCCGUCCCGUCUUUGCUGUCCCUCCGGCUGCGGGUUCAACAUUUGUCUCUAA